AUGAGUGGUGCUUUUUGUGUUGGUUGUUCAAUGCAUUUUACUCUUUUCAAGCGAAAGAAUCGCUGUAUAAGAUGCAGACUUCAGUAUUGUUCGCCAUGCUUUAAAAAGGGGGAGAAUCUUCCUCGUAGGAACAUUAAGCAAUGUCUUAAAUGCCACGCUUUGUCUUCACAACCGUUUAUAAGGUCCGAACUCAUGCUGUUGUCAGUGAAAGAACUAAAAGCAUUCUUGGAACAGAGAAAUGUCUCUUCAGCUGGUUGCACAGAGAAACAGGAUUUAGUUGAUGUCAUGAUUAAUCAUCAAGCAAGACAACAAGUAGAACUAGAAACACCUAAUGAACCCUCAGUUAAUGAACCCUCAGUUAAUGAACCCUCAGUUACCGAACAUGGUACAAAUGAACCUAAUGCAACUCGUUUUAAUCAACCUCCAAUUAAUUCACAAACAUCCUCAUCCAGUCAGCAACAAGCUCGCACACAAUCGCAUAAUUCAUCUCAGGGUUUAAACGAUUUCUUCAGCGGAAUUCACAUUAAUCCUGAAAUUCAUCGUUUCGUUGAAUCAGUGUUUCAAUUUGACGAGAGUGGAGCAAUGGGUUUGCGACCACCAAGCCAACACGAGAUACACAAUAGAAAUGAAACUAGUCAUGAUAUUCCAAUCUAUCAACAAUAUACACCCAAUGAAAACUUCACUCCUUCCUGUGUUAACCCAAAUCCAGUAAGUACAUCUUAUACAUUUCAAGUUGUAAAAUAUGAAAAUUGUACAUGA